AUGUCAUCUUCGAUGGACGCCGAGCUCCUGGACUCCGACAUGGGGCUCGAGUACGACCUGCACGAGUCGGACUUUGGGGACGAUGGUCUGGAGGAGGGAUCCGAAGAAGAAGAGGAUGACGAGGCGAUGGACGAGCCCCUGAUCGCCGCCAGGAAGGACGGAGACAUGAUCGAGAGCUACGACAGGAGGGAGCUGAUCUCGAAUGAGGUGAGCUCCUACAUGGAGCCCGUGGAGGGUAUGGAGUUUGACAGCGAGGAAUGCGCAAGGGCCUUCUACGCCUCCUAUGCCCGCCAUGCCGGAUUCCGUGUCCGCUCCAGCAAGUCCCGCCGCUCCGUCGGCGACGGCGCCGUCGUGUGCCGCCAGUUCGUCUGCUCCAGGGAGGGCUUCUACAUGGAGCGGCCCCAAGGCGGCGGCAGGGAGCAGGCCGAGGUGAUCGCCGGUGUGGGCUGCAUGGCGAGGCUCGUGGUGAGGAGGCAGCCCUCGGGGCGGUGGGUCGUGUCCAAGUUCGAGAGGGAGCACAACCACGAUCCUCUGGAGAACGUAGCCCUGCGGAAGGUUGAUCUCAGGCCCUUGCAGGCCUCGGAGAUGAAGAAGGUGGAGGGCUCUCUGCAGCAGGCGGAGAGCCCUCCCGAGAAGAGCGCGGUCUUCGCCUCGCCCUGUGGGAACCCCGAGCUAGAACCCUACGAGGGCAUGGAGUUCUCGUCGGAAGAGGCCGCGCGGGCCUUCUACUAUACCUACGCCAAGGACAUGGGAUUCACUGUGAGGAUCAGCAAGUGCAGGCGAGCCCGCGACGGGUCGAUCGUCUGCAGGCGGUUCGUCUGCUCCAAGGAGGGCUACUACGUGAGGAAAUAUGGGAGAACCAAGCGCUCCCGGGCGUUGACCAGGGUCGGGUGCCUGGCCAGACUCAUAGUGAAGAAGCUGGACUCUGGGGUGUGGGUGGUCACCAAUUUUGACAAGGAGCACAAUCACCCGCCGUUUGUCCAAGGGACGGAGUUGACCUACGAGCCGCCUAAGCCCGCGAGGCGCAUCAAUCGCGGCGCCCGUUUGACCUUGGAGAGCCCCGCGUUGCCCGCGCUGUCCAAGCCGGAGGCCGACCUCCAAGGAAGUCAGAGCCCCGUGUCGUGGCGAUUCAGCAAGCUUCACCAAGAGGGAAUCAAGUUUGCCGAGGAGGGUUCGUCGUCUGUGGAAGUCUUCAACGUCGCCAUGUUUGCUCUCCGGGAAGCUUCCCAGAAGGUGAUCGCUGCCAAGAGCGGCGUCUUGAGAGCUCCUCAGACUGGCAAUGACGGACAGCACAGCUGGCCGAACGACCCGGGCAAUCAGCAGGGUCCGAACGAAGGUAGGCGGCCGCCUUCUCUGAGCGAUCUCGCUUUGAUUUUCUCAGCUUUCGAGAACGGUUCCUGCGACGCAGUCCUCCUUCCUUCAGGCGCCAGAAAAGCAGCGGCUAAACAUUAG